AGUAAAAGUCAAAAGUGUUGCUGUGUGAAAACUGUUGGUGCUGACAGUCGUUCAGUUCCAGCAGGGUUCUUCUGGUUAUCGGUUCGAAUCACACUCACGAUGCUUCACAGUCUAAAAACCUGUGAGCCGAACAAUGGAGGCUUCUGCUUCGAAAACAGCCGCAGGAAUGCUGUGUUGGAGUCCAGUUUGUCUGAGCUCGGCUACAAGGCUCCACGUGCCAGGAAGACCGGAACGACCAUUGCAGGUGUAGUUUUUAAGGACGGAGUGAUCCUGGGAGCAGACACCAGGGCUACAGAUGACAUGGUGGUGGCCAACAAAAACUGCAUGAAAAUUCACUACAUUGCUCCAAAGAUUUACUGCUGCGGCGCUGGUGUGGCCGCGGACGCAGAGAUCACCACGCUGAUUAUGGCGUCCAAUGUGGAGCUGCACACGCUCAACACUGGGCGACCCCCACUGGUCGCCAUGGUAACCCGCCAGCUGAAACAGAUGCUGUUCAGGUACCAGGGUCACGUGGGUUCGUCUAUGAUUGUUGGAGGUGUGGAUGUGACCGGAGCUCACCUGUACAGCAUUUAUCCACACGGCUCCUAUGACAAGCUGCCCUUCCUCACCAUGGGUUCUGGAGCCGCGGUUGCUGUUUCUGUGUUUGAGGACAGAUUCAAACCAAACAUGGAGCUGGAGGAUGCAAAGCAGUUAGUACGAGACGCCAUCACUGCAGGGAUUUUCUGCGACUUGGGUUCUGGCAGUAACGUGGACCUAUGCGUUAUCACCGAGGCCGGGGUGAAAUACCUUCGAGGCUACGACACGCCCGUGGUGAAGGGCAAAAGAGAGGGUCAGUACAAGUAUCAACCAGGGACCACGGCCGUCCUGACGAAAACGGUGACCCCGCUGACUCUGGACGUGGUCGACGAGUCUGUUCACAUCAUGGACACACAAUAAAAGUUAUUGAUCUCUUAUCUAUUCUUCAGAUUGUUCAUUGAACAAAAUAGUCCUUAUUGUUAGAAUUCCACUUUUUUAACCUGCUGCAGGGAUCACUUAUGGAAAGACUUACUGAAAACAAUAAAGUUUGUGGCGUGAUACAG